AAAAAACGGAAAGAAUGCAAAGCCGCAUAUACCAAGUAGAUCCAACAUCAUUCAUAGGCACGCUAUCAUCACACCUAAAGAACAACAACCUUCUGACUCAGCCACAAAAUAUUGAUAUAAUAAAAUCGUGCAGCGGCAAACAGAACGCUCCUCUCGACCCUGACUGGUUGUACGUGCGAGCGGCGUCCGUGUACCGCCAUUUCCUUACUGCACACUUCAAGAACGAGCGUAUUACAGUGACACGGCUGGCGAGUCUUUAUGGAUGCAAAAAAGACAGGGGAUCACGGCCUGGUAAGAAGGUGAGGGCGAGCAAGGGGCAUUUAAGGAGUAUUGUUAGGGAUUUUGGAAAGUUGGGAUGGCUUGUUGAGGAUGACAAGGGCAAGUUUGUGAGUGAGGAUGGUAUUAAGCUGAGUGAGCAGUUGAUUGAGAAGAUAUUGAGUUAAAGUAUUAUUGAUUUGAGG